AUUUUGACACUUGAGCACAUUUCGGGAAUUGCAUUCAAAUUGCAGGGAAAAAAGCUUUCCACAUUCUUUAAUUUAAAUUCCGACUGCAGCAAUGGCCGUCAACUUCCUGUGCGACAUUGUCGUUUGCCACUUGGAGCUGCCGCAUACGGAGAUCAGCGAGCCGAAGCAUCUGCAGGUGGCCAUGCGGAUUGGCAAGGUGCCCCUGAGCCUCACCGCCAGCUGCAUCAACGUGCGGGAGUUCACGCCCACCAGUCAGACCGAGUUCAAGGAUAGUGCCAAAGCGUUGAGGGAAACCCUGGAGGCCAAUGGGCUGCCCAUCACUGUGCGACUGGCUGCCAGCACCCUGGGCAGUGGCAAGGUUGAGCUCCCGCAGGACUUUACAGAUCGCAUCAGUGAGCAAAUGGGCGACGUGAUGUUUGGCGGCUCCUGCGAACUGCGAAGCCGUGAAGGGGUGGUCGGCACCGUGGAAGUCAUGCUGCGACUCACCAUCAAGUGCGAAGAUCCAGCCGUAGAACCCGACACAGGCAGCAAGAGGCGUGCGACCUGUGUCAAUUUAGGACCGUCCAUCAAUCAACAGGACAUUAUGUUCAUGAUUGGUUCCCCCGAAAGGUGUGAAAUUCCUUCAGAUCCAUGCGACGACCAGCUGGAGCCUGAGCCAGGGGAUAAGCGGCUUCAAUUGGAUCUUUCGCGUUACAGAAGCUCUAAAGUGAACUCGAGGGUCGACUACGAUGAGCCCGAGCCGCAGGAGAAGUCCUACUUCGGAUGCCUGCGCCAGCUGACAGAACAGUAUGGGGGCAUCAUUCAGUCGGUGGUUGAGAGGGUCAAAGACCUUAAGCCAUCACCCUGUAUGGUGCGGCGACUCGAAGAGGAUUCGCCAUCUCGCAGGAUGUCCGUUCAUGCCCAAGAGGAACGCACGAUCCCUGUGCCACUGGGUGACACGGAGGAGCUGGACAUCAAGCCAAUCCGCUUCUGCCCCGUGUGUCUGCAUGCCAUGUCGUGGCUGCCCAAGUACGCCGCGUGCCACAGCUGCGGCACGAAGCCAAUGCCAGUGCUGGGGCAGCGUCACACGGUGGAGCUGACAGCGGACGAGAUCAUAGAGGAGCAGCUGCGCAAGGGAAAAGGCAACUCAGGGAACGAGGAUUUCUGCCUCGAUCCCUGCGACAAGAAAGAGCAGCACGGGGACGGUUGCAGGGCCAGUUGUUGCACCUGCACGAGCGUCAAAAAGUGUGUCCGCUGUCGCAUACGAAAGCUCUGCGAGGAUUUAUUCCAGCCACAGGAAAAACCCGAAAAGGAGUGCCCCAAGCAGCAGACGGGUCAAGACUUUGCCGUAGUCACUGAUCCCCCGGAGAACUGUCGUCCGUAUCUCACACGAGUCUUCUCCGAGCUCAUCAAUCUCUAUCAGAUCAACGAUGCUCGGAAGGCCCAGGAGCUGCAGGCGCGCUGCACUCAGUCCAUGCCCACAAUGCCCAGGCCCAGCAAGAGAAAGUUUGUGGAGGAACAGGCGGCCACCGCGAUGCACAAAGGUGUCUCCGUGGGUGCCUUGAAGGAGCGCCACAAGUCGGGCCACAAAAAGUGUCUGUCCGGCGAUAGAGUCGUGCCACGGCGCCACGGCUGGGGCUGGAUGAACACCGAUGAGGCACGAAAGCAUGGCUGGCGUCCCGGUGUCAUUGCUAGAUCCACCAGCAGAGUGAUGAAGUUCUUCAUGGACCAAGAGGCGCACCGGAGUGGGUUCAGCGUGUGCCGGGAGCUGGAAGAGAAGAACAAGCAGAUGGAGCUCCAAAGUCAGUCAGUGCUGAGCGUGUGCAAGCGGAACCACGAGAUCUUCGUGACCCUGCGCCCGCUCAGCACACUGGGAGUGGAGCAGCAUCCCAUCACCUUCAGGAUCGUCAAGAGCGAGCUGGCCCGGGCUCUCAGCGAGCUCAAGCGGCACCUCAAAUCGAAGGGCUUCGAGAAGUGCACCUGCCACCAGACACUGAUGCUGUGCACCUGUCGAAGUCCGCGCGAGAAGCGCCUGCUCGAGCGAGCCAUUGACAAGGAGUGCCGCCGCCGCGUCAUAGAGCCCUGUUCCGAUCGGCUGAUCCUCACGGACACCAGCGACAGCGAAAUGGAGUUCGAUUUUGAUGUCACACCACCCGCUGGCACCCACAGGCAGUCCAGGACGCAAAAGCGCACCUUUAACCACGGCACACAAACGAGCAAGAAGGACAAAUUGCCUCCUCCACCACUCUAUCCCAUCCAGCAAAAUCCCUACUGGCGCGCCUUCGACUGCGGAGUGGGUGAUCGCUACAUGGGCACUGCCAUUGGCGACAACCUGGAGACUGUCUUCGAGGACGGUGUCUUCGGCUACCUGGGUGGGGGCCAGCACGGCGAAGCGCCUUUGCGUAGGCAUCCCAGAGUCUGGGGCACAAAUCCAGGCGCUCCCCUGCGCCUUGGCCGGGGUCGCAACGAGGACAACUUCAAUCGAUUUAGUGGCACAGCCUGGCGCGGCUUAGCACGCAGAGUAAUAAGGAAAAUGCGAAUUGCAGCUAAAAAUAAAUAAACAGUGAAUAAGUAGAU